AAAUGAUUAAUCCAUUAUUAUCCUUAAUAUGGGAGUUGUCCCACAGUUUUGGGGGAAAAUAGAAAGUACGGCCACACUUGGAUAUGUCCACUCUCUCCGAACUCCUAACUCCAAUAUCUCAUACUCCUUAACUCCCUACUCCUAUUUCCACAUUUCUGUUUAAUUUCCUCCAAAAUGACGCUAUCACCGAUGUCCCUAUCUUCCUCCGGCACCUCCUACCCUGCCGCCAUUUCGGGACCGCGCCACUGUCCCCUCUUUGACACCACCACUGCAACUGCCACGUCUUUCAAUCUCCGAUUCUGCGCUCUAAGGCGCGAAGCCUUCGCUUUCACUUCCAUCCGCCAUCGCUCAAAGCGUAACCAUCCCAUACGCUGGACACACUUCAAUGCAAUAUCCGCCGCGCUUUCUGACAACAACACCUCUCCCAAAUCAUUCGAUUACGAUCUGCUUAUUAUCGGAGCUGGCGUCGGUGGUCACGGUGCCGCCCUUCACGCUGUUGAGAAGGGUUUGAAAACGGCAAUUGUUGAGGGAGAUGUGGUGGGAGGGACAUGUGUGAACAGAGGUUGUGUUCCUUCUAAAGCUCUUUUGGCUGUAAGUGGUCGAAUGCGAGAGCUGAGGAAUGAUCAUCACUUGAAAUCGCUGGGCUUACAGGUUUCUAAUGCUGGGUAUGAUAGACAAGCUGUAGCUGACCAUGCUAAUAAUCUUGCUUCGAAAAUUCGCGGUAACUUGACCAGCUCGAUGAAAGCACUUGGAGUGGAUAUACUCACUGGUUUUGGAACUAUUUUGGGUCCUCAAAAGGUGAAAGUUGGCUCUUCCAACAAUGUAGUAACUGCCAAAGACAUCAUCAUUGCCACUGGUUCUGUUCCUUUUGUUCCUAAGGGAAUUGAAGUCGAUGGGAAGACUGUGAUCACCAGUGACCAUGCACUCAAAUUGGAGACAGUUCCUGAUUGGAUAGCAAUUGUUGGAAGUGGUUAUAUCGGCCUUGAAUUCAGUGAUGUAUAUACAGCCCUUGGAAGUGAGGUUACCUUUGUUGAAGCUUUAGAUCAGCUUAUGCCUGGAUUUGAUCCUGAAAUUAGCAAGUUGGCUCAGAGGGUUCUCAUAAAUCCCAGGAAUAUUGACUAUCAUACAGGCGUUUUUGCAUCCAAGAUCACUCCUGCAAGAGAUGGAAAACCUGUAAUGAUUGAGCUCAUUGAUGCAAAGACCAAGGAACAAAAGGACACUUUAGAGGUGGAUGCUGCAUUAAUAGCAACCGGAAGGGCUCCAUUCACACAAGGUCUUGGAUUGGAGAAUAUUGAUGUUGCAACACAGCGUGGUUUUGUUCCCGUGGAUGAGCGCAUGAGAGUAAUUGAUGCAAAUGGAAAUCUGGUCCCUCAUUUAUACUGUAUUGGCGAUGCAAAUGGCAAGAUGAUGCUUGCUCAUGCUGCCAGUGCACAAGGAAUUUCAGUGGUUGAACAGGUCACUGGAAGAGAUCAUGUGCUCAAUCAUUUAAGCAUACCAGCUGCAUGUUUCACUCAUCCUGAAAUCAGCAUGGUUGGAUUGACAGAGCCUCAAGCAAGGGAGAAGGGUGAAAAGGAAGGGUUUGAUGUAAGUGUGGCCAAAACAAGUUUUAAAGCUAACACAAAAGCCUUAGCAGAAAACGAAGGAGAGGGUCUUGCCAAGUUAAUAUACAGACCUGACAGCGGAGAGAUACUAGGAGUUCAUAUUUUUGGGUUGCAUGCUGCAGAUCUCAUCCAUGAGGCUUCCAAUGCAAUAGCAUUAGGGACACGCAUUCAGGAUAUUAAAUUUGCAGUUCAUGCUCAUCCAACUUUAUCAGAGGUGCUUGACGAGCUAUUUAAAUCAGCAAAGGUUAAAGCAUAAGCUUCUGACCCAGCAAAGGAGCCAGUUGCAGUCUAAUCUAUUGCAUGCGUGCCAUGUGCUCCCUCCCUUCUUCAGGCGUUAUACACCAGCAUGUUCAGAACAGUCUAAAAGAAGGGAACUGUUUGAACUUUGAAGGAUCCUUUUCAAUGGUUUGAUAAGUGGAUUGGCACCGAAUUAUUAUUUUUGCAUACUGUUAACGUCUGUCAAAGAGACUCAUAUUCCUAACCACUGGACUUCAGAGACUUGUCCCCAGAGUCAUGCCUAAGAUAUUACUAGUGGGGAGGUAUUUUUGUAGCGGCCUAGUAUUUUCAGUGUGCAUGAGUGUGAAUCCAAUACGCUCACUAUAAAUUAUUGUUGCAAGGUUUUCUUGAAUAAACCUAGGUGACACAUAAUCCACCAAUGGAGUUUGAAAUUGCUUUUUGAUGAUAUAUUUUUCUGUCUCCAUGAUACUGUCCUUGGCAUUGGUCUAUAUAAAAGGAUGUCAUUCUAAAUGAACUAAAAAAGUCCUAUGUGGUUAAGCAUGUGAUUAAUGAAAUACAAUCUUUUUUGACAGAAGUUAA